AUGCUCUCCAGAGCCGCCAAGGCCCGCGGUCUCUGCCUUCCAUGCCAGCUGAGGCGCCUCGCCGGCUCGCAGCCCAGGGCACCGCUGAGACUCCACGCCCACCCCCUUUGCAACGCUUCGGCUCGCCAAUUGCGUCUCUACAGUGCCGAAAACCCCUGGGCGCGGCUCGAAUCAGCCAAAGACGUCCUGGAGAAGAAGACGAGACCGUCGAGGCCGCCGUCCCAAGACGAUACCCUGCCGUGGACCGUCGAGGCGAACAGCAAAGCCGCACAAGACGGUCUCGCCAACACGACGACUGUGACGCAGCCCCCCUCGAAAGACGACUCGCUGGAAUGGCUCGACCAACUGGAGCCCUCUGGGCCUGACGAGUACCUCGGACCAGAGUCCCUCGAGCUAGAGUCCCUCGAGCCAGACACCGACCGCCGCCGACGAGGACCGAAACGGCGCACGGCACGCGGUGCCUCUGCCAACUACACGCCCCGAGACGUCAACGUCGACGCCGCGACGGACGGCCAACCCCAGCAGCACGGCGACACAAAGGAGAGGGUCCAUCACGGGCGCAUCGGCCACCGGCGCGUCACACUGCAGCCCGAGGCGCUGGACGUCGAGAUUCUCGGCCAGAGGGCCCACACCAUUGUCAUGCGAGACAACCUGCGACCGAGGCCGCGGCGCGCCAUCGAGGAGGCUGCCGAGGAGGCCACCAUGACGGAAGAGGCGUCCGACGCCGCCAUGCGCGCCAGGGUCGACGCGCUGCAGGACAGGGCGUCGCCGGACGAGGCCCUCGCCAACCUGGAGGAGCUGCGCCCCCAAACGCGCCUGCUGUCGGGCAACGAGUUCUGGGCCCUGCACGACGUGCUCUCCGAGGGCUUCACCAGCGCCCAGCUGGCGCAUUACGUGCGCGCCAACAAGAGGAUGCCGCCGCCGCCGCCGCUCGCACGGGGCUCUGCGUCGGCGGCGGCCGACGUGCGGGCGCCCCGGCCCUGGAUGGCACGUCCCUAUGCCCUGCGGCCUGUCGAGGACCUGCAGCUGCCGGCCGGCGCCUCUGUCAAGUCCCGUGCCGUCUUUACCCUCAUGCGGACGACGUGGAUGCUGGACAUUUGGGAGCGCGUCGAGGCGCUCAACGAGGUUGACAUUCUCUUCAAGGAUGCCUCCGUGGCUGCCGCCCUGCACACUGGCCACGAGGGUCUCGAUCGCAUCGGCCGCCUGCGGCGCGAUCUCCUCCAAGCCGGCGAGUCGCUGACCUUUGGAGACUCUUCGGCGCGGCUGCGCAUCGUCGCGCGCCGCGCCGCAGCCGAGGCCAUCAUCGACAGCAUCGAGGGCCUCGUCACGGCCAUCGCGACCGAAUCGUUUGUGCUGUGCCCGGCCCGGUCCGCCAAGACGGACGCCGGCGCAGCCUUCAGGGAUACGCUGCUGAACGAGCUGGGACGCCUGACGAAGACGACGCUCGUGCUCGACGACUCUGGCCUGGUACACGUCAAGUGGAUCAAGUCACAAAACGAUCUGGCGCUUGGUGGACACCAUCUCGAACACAUGGGCCACAUUCUCUGGCGCCUCCUGUACACGGCGCACGCCCAGACGCCUCCGACCGCCCUCCUCGCCCAAGACUUUAUCGCCGCCGGCGGCGUCCUGAACCCCGUGGCCAAUGCCGAGGACCGAUGGGCGUGGAAGGACAGACUCGGCGACUGGUCGCGCUGGAUCCUGCCGGUGACGCGUGAUGCCGACGCCCUCGUCAGCACGCAGGCACUGGUCGAUCGCCUGCCCACGAUGCUCGAGCGCGCCGCGCCCGAGCCUGAGACGAGCAGCGACACAGACACGCUCUGGAGCACCGCCGAGCAGAACGUCUCGACGACCUUUGGCCAUGUCCUCUUCGACCACGACAACGGAACACUCGACGUCAAGAACCUCCAGACCCAGGACGGCGGCGUGGCCGUGCUCGCACCCGCUAAGGAGGGCGUGUCCCGACCGCGCGUCUUCUCCGCCGUCGUGCCCAGCCCCGCCGGCCUCGCCGCCCUCAACAACCUCGCGCCCGCGACCCCUGCGUCCACUACCAUGAUCCUCCGCUUCGCCACGAGCCCAGCCUCGACAGGCGCGCGCUACCUGCUCGACCCCGCCGACGGCGCGAAGCAGAUCCACGCGACCACGGCCCCGGCCUCCUAUCUCGAGAUCCACGUCGCCGUGCCGGACGACCUCCCCGCCGACGGCCGCCUCACCUGGGACGCCAGCCCGGCGAAACACGUCCGCGCCCUCUCCCACGAGUCCCUCAUCGACGUGCCCCUGCCAGACCGCCCCGUCGACCUGCGUCUCGCCACGACGUCCGUCUCGUCGCUCCACGAUCCCGACGCCGUGCCGGCGCUGCGCGCCUUCGUCGACGCCUCCCAUCUCGAUCUCGUCUCCGGCCACCUCCGCACGCCGCCGCGCCUGUUCAUCCCCGAGGACCAGCUCGCCCCGCUCGCGCAGUCGUCUGCCGGGGGCCGUGACGCGCCGAGCAGCCGAGCCGGCCGCAAGCCCAACAAGGCCGCCGAGGACGUGUUUGCGCACCGCAGCGGGUGCAGGACGUUUGAGUUUAUUGGCCUCGAGGUGCGCCGCGCUGUCGCGCUCGACUACGAGGGACACAAGCUCCGGUACACCAGCGUCGAGGCUGGUCUGCACGGCGGACGGCGCGCUGAGCUGGCGCUCGACAUGGGCUUGCGCGGGGCGGGCGGCGACGAGGCGGCGCACCGGGCGCGCUAUGUUGCGUUGGCGCGACGGCUGGCUGACGGGGAGCUUGUGACGUGGGUGCAGGGCGGGCGGGCUGUGGGCGAGACGGAGCGGGGGCUUGGGGACGCGCCGGUUCUGGCCAGGCCUGCGGAGCAAGACAUGGAGGAGCCGACCCCAGGAGAGAGAGUUUCAGAGCACGAAGCAGAGGAGCUGACCUUGGGGGAGAGACCUGCAGACCAAGAAGCGGAGGAGCCGCUGGGCGAGCUGCAGCAAGAGGGCGAGCGGCGGGUGGCGCACGAAAUGGAGCAUGCCGGGGAGGACGUUCCUCGGUAG